GUCUUGACUUCACGAAUUAGUUUCUGGUUUCGACAUUCGAUACCCUUACCGAACAGUGCAAAGCGUUAUCACCAAGACAGCUGACGUGAAUACUUUUCCGGUCGCAGACAGUGAACUCGACGAUUACUUUUGACGACACGCCCGCUGUCACACACUUUCUUACAUAAAGGUUCUACAGUGGAAGGAGGCGUGCGCAGACGCACCAAGAAGACUGGGAAAUACGUCGAGCUUGUACUCAGUAGGGGGCCGAGACGCUGGUGGAGACUGGGGUGCUAUGGCACAGGCGAGAAUUUGGGUCUGCAGAUAUUCAUUCCAUUUUUGUUCGUCUGUGAAAAUUCCGCGGCCCAGUUAUCCGACACGUAAGCAAGCAUGCUAAGAUUUCGCAUGUACUCCAGUAUAAUGAUUCCUACAUUUGUGCAAAUGAUGAACUUAAAUUGCUGUUUUCACUUGUGUAACGUACAGUAGAGUGUUGCAAAAGGUGCCUGCUGCCUUGUUUCCAACGGCUCCUGCGAGCGCGCCUUCAUGGAGCGAAUGGGAAAACCACAAGAGCGUGCGGCGGAAUACCAAGAGCGGAUGCGAGAAGCAGGACGCCGCGCCUUGGAGGAGUUUAGGCGCCAGAAGGAAAAGGGAGCCGUUGCAAGGGCCGCUAUCACGUCAGGCCGCGGGCCAGGCGCGUCACCAAGUAUGGUCCCACGACAAGUGCCGACGGUUGAGCUCACCACCUUCCGCGUGCUAACGCAACCUGCUGCGGUUGCGUCUGGCCGGAUGCCAACGUCAGACCUAGCAGAGCUGCGUCUGCUGGCUCCCGCCCUCGCCAGCACCUCCCUGGGGGCGCUGCCGCCGUUCCCCACCAGGCUGCCGCCGCCGCCACCUCACUCGCCUCCGCCGGGCCACCCGCCCCCCAUCUGCCCCUCCAGCUGCGCGGCCUCCAGCGCGGCCUCCAGCCUGCUCG